AUCAAACAGCCGGCGGCGCGCGACGCGGCGUGGAACGAGACGCACGCGUGGGGCGCGAGAGAGAUGGAACGCGUCAUAUGCGACUUUGGCGGCUUCUUCCGCAAGGUUGGGCAGAUCAUGGGCACGGCGAAGCAGAUGAUGCCGCCGGCGUACUUGGAGUCGUUCGCGCGGACGAUGGACGCGAACCCGCCGACGCCGUUCCCCGUAGUGAAGCGCGUCGUCGAGCGAUCGUUAGGGUGCGCGCUCUCGGAGCGCUUUUCGCGGUUCGACGAGCGCCCGCUCGCGACGGCGUCGAUCGCGCAGGUGCACGCGGCGACGCUGCGCGACGACGGCCGCGAUGUCGUCGUGAAGGUGCUGGUCGCGGAUAAGAAGAUGAUGAUCGGCGACGUCGCGUCGAUGCUGCACACGUCGAUCGCGUUGAAACGCGUCGGCCUCGACAACGGCGUCGACUUCCCCACCGUCUUUCGCGCGUACCAGAGCGUCAUCGAGCACGAGUUUGACUUCAACGUCGAGGCGAGGAAGAUAUCGGAGUUUCGCGAGGUGUUCGAGACGCACGGGCUGUCCGACAGGGUCGCGACGCCGCGCGUCGUGGACGAACUGAGCGGCGCGCGCGUCCUCGUGAUGGAACGCGUCCGAGGGGUAAAGGUUUUGGACGCGCUCAAUCGCGCGCGCAGGAGAGGACGCGUCCCGCGGCUGCCCUCGAGAGCGCGCGACGGCGUCUUUCACACCGUGUUUCGAGCCUGGGGCGUCAUGCUGCUGAGGCACGGGCACUACCACAGCGAUCCGCACCCGGGGAAUCUGAUGCUCCGACGCGACGGGAAGCUCGCCAUCUUAGACUGGGGGCAGACGCAGAUCGCGCCGGCGUCGUACCGCGCGCACCUCUGCCGGCUCGUGAUUCACAUGUGCGCGGAGGACCCUCGCGCCAUCGCGAACGAGGUGCGGACGCGCUCGCAGGUGAAGUUGGAGCGGCCGACCACGGAGGCGCUCACCGCGUUGUGCUACGCGUACUUCGACACGCGGCCGUCGGCGCUCGCGGAGAUUAACAUGUUCGAUCUGAACAACUCGCCGUUUCUGCGCAACAAGAUCGUUCAGAACACGGAGGAGGGUUUUUUCACGAUUCGGACGGUGUUCUUGCUGCGAGGGAUGAUGCGCGCGUGCGGCGUCACCGCGUCCAUGGUGUCGUCGUGGGAGCGAGACGCGAGAGCCGCGCUG